UGUCACUUCCUGCUGUCGGUAUUUAUUCAUUUUCACUUCUUUUUUUUCGACUAGAGACUAUUUGUCACAGCCAUGUUUGUAUGAAUUCGUCUAAUGUAUCCCGCACGGUUUGUGGACCCUGCGAACCAAACGUUACGACCUUGGCUUCAUGUUCGUCUUAAAGGAGGACUAACCCCCCUGGACACUGCUGGGAAAACACCGCCUGGGUGCAUUCAACCACAGCGGCUCAAUUGGUUUUAAUGUGGACUCAUAUUCCCGUGUUUAUUAGUGAAGCAGCAGCAGCAGCAGCAGCACAGUAGCGAGGGACUGUGGUGGAAAGGCAUGGCUGAGAGGUUAUGUGUAUCCCCUGCCCGCCCUCUGUCGCCCUGACCUGUGACCCCCAGCCGUCCCUCUGUGAGCAUGUAUCGCAGGAACGGGCUCUCAGAUGGCACCAGCAUCCACUCCGUCACCUCAGAGGCCAGCAGCAGCUCUGACUCUCUGGAUGGACCUUGUGUGGACUACGCCAAGAGCUACGAUGCAGUCGUGUUCGAUGUGCUCAAGGUGACGCCGGGGGAGUUUGCUAGCCAGAUCACCUUGAUGGAUGCUCCAGUCUUCAAAGCCAUACAUCCAGAGGAGCUGGCUGGCUGCGGAUGGAAUGGGAAAGAAAAGCACCGCAUGGCUCCCAACGUUGUGGCCUUCACACGCCGGUUCAACCAGGUGAGCUUCUGGCUGGUGAGAGAAAUCCUAACUGCACAGACGCUGAAAAUCCGAGCAGAAAUACUGAGCCAUUUCGUCAAAAUAGCAAAGAAACUGUUGGAGUUGAACAACCUCCACUCUCUGGUGUCGGUGGUGUCCGCUCUGCAGAGUGCUCCCAUCUUCAGACUCAGCAAAACCUGGGCGUUGAUCAGUCGGAAAGACAAGGGUACAUUUGAGAAGCUCAACUAUCUGACAUCCAAGGAGGAGAACUACACCUGCAUGAGGGAAUACAUCCGCUCCCUGAAGAUGGUGCCCUGCAUCCCGUACCUUGGGAUCUACCUGUUGGACAUGAUCUACAUCGACUCGGCCUAUCCUGCGUCAGACAGCAUCAUCGAGACGGAGCAGCGGACCAAUCAGAUGAACAACCUCCUGAGAGUCAUCUCCGACCUGCAGAUGUCCUGCAACUAUGAUUACUUGGUGACUCUGCCUCACGUCCAGAAGUACCUGCUGUCAGUCCGCUACAUCGAGGAGCUCCAGAAGUUUGUGGAGGACGACAACUUCAAGCUGUCUCUAAAGAUCGAACCUGGCAACAGCUCCCCUCGCAUCGCUUCUUCUAAAGAAGACCUGGCAGGUCUGUCUGACGUGUCGACCUCUAUGAGGUACAGCCGGCGGCCCACCUGCCCCGACACCUCCGUGGGGCUUCGGAUCCCCACCCCUCCUCCCUCUCACCACAGGAAGAGCCACAGCCUGGGGAACAACAUGAUGUGUCAGUACGGCAUGUCAGAGAGCAGGAGCGCCACGUUCCCCAUCGAGAAAGCCCGCCACCUGCUGGACGACAGCUUCCUGGAGUCUAACAGCCCGGCCAGGAACGACCCCCACAGCACGUCUGUGUCCAACGGCCUGUCCAUGGGCAGCAGUGAAAGCUCUUUUGGGGAGGAGCUGUCCCCUGGAAUGGAGAGGGGCCGCAUGUACGCCACACUGGGCCCCAACUGGAGGGUCCCUCUCCGCAACUCCCCCCGGAGCCGCAGCUAUGUUUACAGCUCCUCUGCUGCCAACUCCUGCUACGGCUGCAGUGAGGAGGACAAUGUGACCGUUGAGGGACCGCUGCGGAGGAAAACCCUGCUGAAGGAGGGACGCAAACCCAAGCUGUCCUCGUGGACCAGAUUCUGGAUCAUUCUGUCUGGAUCAACUCUGACCUUCUACGGGGCCAAAGCUCUGAGGGCCUCUGAGAGAAAGCAUUAUAAGUCCAGCCCCUGUAAGAAGGUGUGUGUGACGGGAUGGAUGGUGGUGCUGCCAGACAACCCGGCCAGACCCAACAUCUUCCAGCUGAACGACCCUGACAAAGGAAAUGUUUACAAGUUCCAGACCGGAUCGAGGUUCUCAGCCAUCAUCUGGCACAAAAACCUGGAGGAGGCGUGUCGGAGCAGCAGACCUCAGAUACCAGCAAACCUCAUGUCAUUUGAAUGAGAGCGGACUCCAACCAGCGGGACGUUAAUGUGCCAAACUCAAGGGUUCGGGAAGCAGAGGCUCAGACGUGGAGCCCGGUGGGAGCGGGAUGAAGAAGCUCUUUAUUCUGGAUGAGUGACGCCAACACACCUGCUUUUUCUUUCCUCACCAGGACUCGAUUAAAUGUGAACUGUGGAGAAAAAAAAAUCGGUUAAUGGAAGAUUUUGUGAUGCUGCUUAAAACAUGUGAACAGGAUUUUUGGCCCAUGUUGGGUUUCUGUUUGGGGGAAUGACACAGUGUUAGGAUUUGAAGACCAGUGCGAUACAGCCUCUACAUGGAGCGUGAAGGUUUGAACCCUUACCACUUUUAAUCCCGUGGUUAAAUUUGUUUCUGCAUUUCAUCGUACCGGGAAAAGACUCCCAACUUGUGAACCAACGGAGAAAAUGAGAUGAGUCUCCUGUGACAUCCAGCUGGACUGAACAUGCUCCAAAACCAUCAAAUUAGUUGUAAAUAAACACAAGGGAAGCAUGAAGUCCGCUCACCCCUCGCUACCUCAGCUGGUAGUCCUCCUCCCGGUGUUUGCAGACACUUCCAACAAGGUUUACAAAUAACAACGAUUCUCAUUUUCUACAGAACAAAUCUGAGAGGUGAUAAUUACAAUCAGAAGCCAAACAGAGAAGGCCGCCGGCUGUUUCUGCGCCAAAGCAGCGGCUGGAGGGAAUAAAAAAAGCAAUGAAGUGCAACACUGUCAACAAACAAGGGGUGUAAAUACAGUUUUUAUUUCUAAGGAGUUUAUUUUUGGACAGUUGGACAUAAAAGGGAAACAUUAUUAUAUCUGAUUCGCCAAUCUGACACUUAGUUUGACUCUCAAAAUGAAGAAAUGAGGGACUUUGACUUUAAAGGAUAAUUAUUCAUCACAACUUGGAUUUGGCUUUGUUUUGAGGAAGUUUGGACUUGGCUAGUCGCUCCAACACAUUGUAAGUGAUAGACAAAAGGGGCGGGACAUCUCUAAGCAGAUGGACCAAUCACAACAGAGCCGGCCAGCCAACCAAUCAGAGCAGACUGGACUCUGGUUUCAGACAGAGGGUGAAAAGAGGUGCUGCAGCACAGGCAGUAUGAGAAACAUAAAGAGCUUUUUGAACAUUAGAGCAUGGAAGACAAAGUAGAAACACAGAAUACUGAUAUGACCCUGAAAAUCAGCAGAAUAAAGCCCCCUUUUUUUCCCUGUAAAACAAGGAAUUUACCAACAUUUAAGGGGGUCAUUCUGACUUAAAAGCGUUCCAGAUAGAUCCCAAAGAUUCCAGUUGUGAUCAACCUGAAUUGUCCUUCAAGAGUAAGAAACAUUUCAACGGAGCAGAACUAAUUCAUGCCACAUCUCUAAUGUUUCCCCGUUGUAAACCACAGAAACUGUCAGUCAUUUAUUUAAGAUAUUGCAUAAAGUGGCAAACAGAAGAUUGAGAAACAGUAACGAAACAAUUACAGUACUUGUCAAGUGUAAUCAUGUUGUGAAGAAUUUCAUAAUUUGGAUGUUGUUUUUCAUUCAUGUAUUGUCCUUGACUUAAAAAAACACAAAAAAAUGCGGACUAUUUUUAACAUUUCUUCGACUAGUCCAGAUGUCGUGUGUCUGCCGAGGAAUGAAAGCUCUUACUUAUUAAGAGGAACCACAGCUGUGAUUUAAAAAAAAACAACAUUUAAUACAAGUCAUAUCAUUUAGCUUUCCCAUUCAGGAGUAGGGAAAUCAAUUAGCAGACGGCUGCGUCGCGUAUUUUGAUUUAUCUGAGUGUGUAAGGAAGGAUAACUGCAGAAAAAAUGGAAUUGCGUAACUCCAAAAAGAAACCAGUGUCUGCUGGGGAGAAACCUUCCCACCACAGCACAUUCCCUCUUAUUGUGAAAGUAGAAUAUCAUUUGCAUCAGGCGUUCCUCUCCUGGUAAAUAGAGCAUAACGUGCACACUGUGCAGUCAUCACCUGUGAAUUACUGAGCCUGUGUUCUGGGUUUUUAUUAGUAUUAAGUAUUGUACUAUUUUAUUCCUGCAGGAGAACGAGCUGUACUGCAUCGAUGGAUAUUACUGCAUUACUUUUACGAUGAGUGUAAACGAACAUGUUGCUUUCAUGUCACUUUGCUGUUGCUGUACACUUUAUUCAACGUUUUUUAUUUCACAUGCUAUUUGAAGGCUUCGACUUCAGUAAAUAUGUAUCAUUAAAGAAACGGUUGAACAUG